AUGGCUAAAUUUAAUGUUGAAGAAAAGGUAAUGUCAUCUUAUAAUGAGCAAAUAAAAAAAACAAUAAUUAACAUAAAAAAUGAGAUAGCUCAGGAUAUUAAUGAUAAUCAAGAAUGUAAUAAAAAUGAAAAAGAGCAAGAAUCACCAGAAAGCAAAGAUAUUAUAACAAAAGUAAUGACAAAAAUUUCACCCAAAGAAUCACCCAAAAUGUCAAUAAAUAAGACUUCUUCUGUAUCACCAAAUAAAGGGAAACGUUUUAGAUGUACCUUAACUAUGGUAGAAGGUCCAAUAACUGAUGUUCAUAAUCAUAUUAAAAGAGCAUUAUGGCAACGUUUUGGAAUAAAUAGAUAUAGUUGUAAUAUUGGUGAAUGUAAUUAUGGUGGAUAUAAUUUGAAAGCAAUAAUAAAUCAUCAAUAUAUUAUUCAUAAUAUAUCUGAUACAUCAAAAGCAAACAUUCGUGAUAUCUUUGAACAACACAAAGAACUUUAUUUAUCAUUCAAGAAACAAUUUAUUGUUAUUGAAUAA